AUGUCACCUUCGAAAUCAUUGAAUUCUAAUGCUCGUACGCAUUCUCUGUCUUUACAAAAGAAGGCUACUUCGCUUUCUUCGGCUCCACCAUUAAAAACUCUCCCACCACAACCAAAUAUCUCCCAACUUGAAAAUUUCGCCUUAAGUGCUUUGGCCCCUAGUAUGGCUGUUGUAUUUACUUUACCCUUUGACACUGUAAAAGUUAGAAUGCAACUUCAAGGGGAAGUUAAAUUUAUGAAAGAUAUUACUGGAAAACCUAUUCGUGUAGUUUAUAAAGGAAGUUUUGAUUGUUUAUGGAAAACCUUUAAAUAUGAAGGAUUUCGUGGACUUGAAAAAGGGCUCGCUCCUUCUAUUUUAAAAGAAAGUUCAAAAAACGUAUUUCGCCUGGGACUUUAUGAUCCAAUACUUUCGGUUAUUCAUCCUAAAGAUGAUUCCACUUCUUCAUCAUCUGCUCCUGCUUGGAAACGGAUGCUUGCUGGUGGAAUUUGUGGCGCCUUGGGAGCCGUAUCCGCGAACCCUUUCGAACUUGUGAAAACCCGAUUGCAAAGUACAGCAGCUGGUGCCAUCGCAGUAGGAAAUCAAUAUGGUUAUACCUCAGUAUUCUCGGCGUUACGUCAUAUCGUGUCUAACGAAGGAGGCGUCAGUGGUCUAUAUCGUGGAUCCAUCAUAUCUGUACAUCGUGGCAUCUUGGGUAGUGCCGCAAAUCUUUCAUCUUAUACAAUGCUGAAAGAUUAUGCCCUGCGGGAAGGUUAUCCAGAGGGUGUUCCACUUGAUAUGGGUUGCAGUUUAUUAAGCGCGUUUGUCAGCGUUGUUUUUAUGAAUCCUUUGGAUGUCGUGAGGACGCGUUUAUAUAAUACCUCAUCAUCAUUGGAAGCACGUCAACCGAUCCUUUUUACGCUUAAGACAAUAAUAAAGAACGAAGGAUGGAGAUCCCUUUAUAGAGGUUUUGGCACUCACUUUAUGAGAAUUGGGCCUCAUUUCUGUUUAACAUUCGUAUUUUUAGAACAAUUGAAGAGAGGUGUGAAACAAUUUAAACUAGAAGAGUAUCAGCGUAGACUUCACAAAGAGGAAAUAUUCUUGAAAACUUCAGAACUUAAAAUUUAA